AUGGCCGACCAGGUUGAGGGUCUCAUCGACGUCCCCAGGGAGUUUGUCAAGGAGGGCAUCCAGUUCAUGAACAAGUGCCAGAAGCGAGGAAGCUUGGUGCGAGAUGGCUGCUGCGGAUCCGACCGCAAAGAGUUUAUCAAAAUCUCCCAGGCCAUUGCCAUGGGCUUCGUCGCCAUGGGCACCGUCGGCUACCUCGUCAAGCUGAUCCACAUUCCCAUCAACAACAUCCUUGUCGCUGGCGCAUAA